AUGGAAAUGCAAUUGGUGUGCUCGUGUAGAUGUAGGGUUCCACCUGUGGGAGCAGGAGGUGUAAGCAGAAGAAUAAGAAUUGGGAGCGCCAGAGUGAAAAGAAAAGCAGUGACGGCAAUGCGAGCGGUGGUUCAGCGCGUGGCCUCUGCCUCCGUCGAGGUCGAAGGCCGCAUCGUAUCCGAGAUUGGCCCCGGUCUUCUCGUCCUCGUCGGAAUCCAUGACUCCGAUUCCGAUGCCGACGCCGAUUACAUAUGCCGGAAGGUCUUGAAUAUGAGGCUGUUCCCGAAUGAAAGUUCCGGCAAAGCGUGGGACCACAGUGUAAUGCAGAAAAAUUAUCAAGUUUUGUUGGUGAGUCAGUUUACAUUGUAUGGAUUCUUGAAGGGGAACAAGCCGGAUUUUCACGUGGCAAUGGCGCCUCAGAGAGCCAAACCAUUCUAUGCCUCUUUAGUUGACAGGUUUAGGAAUGCCUAUAAUUCUGAUGCAAUCAGGGAUGGUGUAUUUGGAGCAAUGAUGAAGGUAAAUUUGGUUAAUGAUGGACCAGUUACCAUGCAGCUUGAUUCACAAUCGCCCAAGAAUGCCGUUGAUGCAGCAGAGUCUUAA